GCUCGCAUAUGAGCCAAUCGUUUUCGCGUAUUUUAAUUAUGAAGUAUCACAAAUUGUAAAUGAAAGCACAGUCUACGCGUGCAUCCUUCAAUGGCCGAAUUGUUUUGUGCAUUGAAUUUGGUAAAUUAUUGAAAAUUACUGCCGAAUAUUACAGUGAAAUAACUAAAUUGAGAUGGAUGUAGAUGACUCGGCGGUCGACCUGAGUGUCAGGUCACUGCCUCCUGAAUUAAGUGAACUGAGAGCCUUGACUGCCAGUGGUCUAACAAUCACUCCGGCCCAACCACCCCCACAUGGUGCCACCGGAAAGCGGGUGCUGCGGCCUCGCUCGGAGCACCGCAGCUACGCGGAGAGUCCAGACAUUGUGCUGCUGCCGGCCGCUCCACCGCACCGCAAGUCUUCACUUGCCUCACCUUAUGCUGCAGACUCCCCCAGCAAGUCGUCGGAGCGGUCGGUGAACGUGUCGAUCACGGCCGCCGCGCCGCCGCCCUCGCCGCCGCGCCCGCACUCCGACUACGAGUCGGACGAGGAAACCGAAGUAGUCACCCCGAGUACCGGACAUAGGGAGCUAUCAAGCGCGGAGAUAUGGGAGCGCGAGCGCAAACUGCGAGCUUUGAGGGAGAAACUCCGCUCCGAGGAGACCAAGCUGGUGCUGCUGAAGAAGAUCCGCCAGAGCCAGCAGACCACCGCGCCGCCCGCUGGGAAGGAAUCGUCAACGGGAACAGCUUUAGCCGGCAGCGGCUGCGUGGUCCCGCCCGGCGUCACGGUCACGCCCGCGCCGCCGCCCGCCCACCAACACAACAAGCGUUCGUCAUCCCACUCAUCGUCCGGGCUGGCGCCGGCGUCGUGCGCGGCGGGGCGCUCCUCCAGCCUGCCCGGCGGCGCCACGCUCACGCCCGGCCCGUACCGCACGCAGUCGUCGACCACGGGCGGCGCUAGCAUCACGCCAUCGGUCACCAUCACGCCCGCGCCGCCGCCGUCCGCGCAACAUGCCUCGUCCAAGCCGUCUCAGGAUAAUUCUUCAGUGACCAGUAGCACGAGCGAUGCAGCGAGUUCCCGCAGCUCGGAAGACACUCAGACGCCGGCGCAGCGCCAGGCGGCCGCCAAGUUGGCCCUGCGGAAGCAGCUCGAGAAGACACUGCUGCAGAUCCCGCCGCCCAAGCCGCCGCCGCCGGAGAUGAACUUCAUCCCGUCCCCCUCCAACACGGACUUCGUGUACCUCGUGGGGCUCGAGCACGUCGUGGACUACCUCACCAACGAGGAGAGACUGCCCCGCUCGACGGUACCAGCGGUCUGCGCGCAGUGCGGCUGCGACUUCACCGCGGUGUGGCGCUGGGAGCGGCCGCCCACCAGCAGCCGGCGGCAGGACGCCACCUUCACCACUGCGCCGGCGGCGCGGCGCCUGUGCGAGCUGUGCGUCAGCGGGAACGUCAAGCGAGCGCUCAAGGCGGAGCACACGGCACGCCUGAAGACGGCCUUCGUUCGCGCCCUUCAGCAGGAGCAGGAGAUCGAGCGCCGCCUGUCCGCGCCGCCCUCGCCGCCCGCCCCGCCGCCCGCCCACGCGCCCCGACACAACCAGAUGUCGGUGACCCGUACCAGCUCGCGGCCGCCCCCCGCGCCCCCCACCCCCGCGCCGCCGCCCGCGCCGCCCGCCAAGACCUCCUCCAUGUCCAGGAGCAUGGCAUCAGAGUCGUCUCGCUCGCACCACUCGGAGCGCUCUGCGGAGCGCGGGGAGGCGCCCGCGAAGAAAGGUAAAGGCUCCUCGUCCAGCAGCAACAGCCAGGGCGGCAGCAGCAAGCAGCAUCAGCAGCUGGCGGCGGCGGCGGCGGCGCAGAUGGCGUUCGAGCAGCACAGCGCGGCCGCCAUGCAGGCGCUGCAGCAUCAGCUGUUGCGAGGAGCGGGCGGCGCGGGCGGCAUGUCCCCGGCGGCGGCGGCGGCGGCCAUGAUGCAGUUCUCGCCGCUGCUCUACACGUACCAGCUGGCCAUGGCGCAGGCCUCCGCGCUCGGGAAGCGAUCCGGCAAGAGCAGCGGCAACUCGAGCUCGUCCAACGCGGCCAUGGCGGAGAUGCAGCGAGCCGCCGAGGCACAACGACAAUACCUCAUGGACCUGCUGCCACCCCACCACCGCAGCCACUACACCAGCAACUAGACCAGGUUUACACAAGGCGAGCGCAAGGAUGAUAUUUUAAAACGAAAUCUUAUUGAUUCUAAUGUUAUUAUAAAAUUAAUGAUUAAGCUAAAUAGGUAGUAUAAACUGGGAUGGUUUUAUGCCGGAAAUUAAUCAAGUAUUUUAAUCAAUUUUCCACAGGACUACUUUAAUUUGAUAAUGAGAAAUCAAUGAGUGAUCACAUAUUGGUAACUUAUUAAUUACCGGCAUUAUUCAUGUAAGUUUUCAAGAGAUUUAAGUGUAGCACAAAAUACGUAAAAUUGCAUUAAGACGCAACACAAAUGCCUUUCGAUGAUGACCUGUAUGUUUUAAAACAUAAGAGUUCUUUUUCACGAGCGACUUUUUAAUGAUAUGACAAUGAAAAUCAGCAGAAAUUGUGUGCGUUUAGUUUGUAAGAUUAUAAUUAAAUCAUUUUGUAUGUCAAAUCAAAUUUAUCCAAUAAAUGGAUAUUAAUUAUAAGCAAA